CUCCGCACACCUCCUCGCUCUCUCUGCUCUCACAAUGGACCACUUUCCGACAAACUGGGGCAGGCCGCGCACGGAGGCGUUCGACCCGUAUGCGACAUACCCCAUCCACCAACGGCCAACAGCCAAGGACACCUUCGCUGAGGGGGUCCAGCAUACACAGCAACCCAUCGUGACGGGAACGUCCGUGCUUGCGAUCAUGUACAAAGAUGGUAUUAUGAUGGCUGCAGACAACCUCGCAUCGUAUGGCUCCCUCGCCCGGUUCAAGGACAUCAAGCGUCUCCACCCCGUCGGCACCUCCACCGUCAUCGGUGCCUCCGGCGACAUGUCCGACUUCCAAGCCAUCCAGUCCAUGCUCAACGAGAUCGUCACCGACGAGUUCACACACCAAGACGGGCACGACCUCGGGCCGUCCGAGGUGCACGAGUACCUCUCGCGCGUGCUGUACGCGCGCCGCUCGAAGAUGAACCCGCUCUGGAACUCGAUCCUCGUCGGCGGCUUCCGCGACGGGAAGCGCUUCCUCGGGUACGUCGACCUGCUCGGCACGACGUACUCCGCGCCGUCGAUCGCGACCGGGUACGGCUCGUACAUCGCGAUCCCGCUCCUCCGCGCGGCCGUCGACGGGAAGCAGGACGCGCUCGGGGAGGCGGAGGCGCGCACGCUCCUGCACGACUGCAUGCGCGUGCUCUUCUACCGCGACGCGCGCUCGCUCGACAAGUACCAGCUCGCGACCGUCACCGCCAAUGGCGUCCAGAUCUCGGACCAGAUCCAGAUCGAGACACAGUGGAGCUUCGCAGAGGGCAUCCGGGGGUACGGUGCGCAGGUCCAGUAGAUGUUGCUUUCAGUCGUGUGUAUACUAGUGAAUUUGUGGACGAUACGACGGAGGCUCUUGAUGCAUUCACUGUCUU